GAGUAAUGUUAUCGUGGCAAAAUUUGAUUGAUUGGAAGUUAAUCAGGAGAUUUUGCAGGGGUUUUAUGAGGAAUGGAAAGAUUCAUUUAGAAACCGGUCAGCCCUAGAAACGCUCCAAGAUGCCAGGGCUAAACCGAGGUACCUAUCUUCAACUGGCUCUUCUUCUUCUCAUUGUUCCUGCUCAGUAUUUCCUCACUCAGUGGAAACCAUCAACAAGUGCACAGAGGAGUAUAGAAAUUGAGAGAUUGCUUACCAGACUACACUCCUGGCAUGGUAAGUUUACCAACCCUGACUGGUGGAAUCAGAGAGCUCUUAAUGCAUGGAAUACAAUGGCUGACUUCAUUGAUCACAUAGAAAACUAUGGUGAAAGAUUGAUGUAUGGAGCAUCUUCUAAAACAAGUGACUUUGAUGAGAAUGAACCAGAAGGGGAAUCACCUGCUUAUGAAGUCUUGAAAUUCAGGGAAAGCAAUGGAUAUUUCGGUGGUUCAACAGAGAAAAGAAGUCCCAGACCACGUCAUGUUAGAUACAGGAUAGGCCAGGUGGUUAGACAUAAAAGAAUGGGAUACAGAGGUGUGAUUGUAGGUUGGGAUUUAACUGCUACGGCCCCAGCACAAUGGCUGAAAGACAAUAUACCACCAGAUCAGCAACACACUGUGAAUGCCCCAUUCUAUGCUCUUUUGCUUGAUAUACGUGAUAUACAUGUACCUGUCCCAGUUAUUGUCUACAAUAGCGAAGAAGAUCUUGAAGUUAUAUCUUUUCAAACCAUGCAUUUUAGACACCAGCCAAACUACUUGUUAUUGGUACACAGUUUAGAUAAACAGUCAUUCACUACUGCCUAUAUCACACAAGAAUUGCUGCAAGGCGUCCAAUCUAUAAAGGUUCAGCAUCCUCAGAUAGACGAGUAUUUUGAAGCAUUCGAUGGAUCAAGAUUCCUGGCACGGUCAUGGUUAAAAAAGAUAUAUCCUCAUGAUCAAUGAUACAUCAGAAGAUCAUAUUCCAUGAUCAAACAUAUAUCAGAGGAUUACAUCCCAUAAUGAAGGGUGCAUCAGAAGUUUAUAUCCCAUGAUCAAUGAUACAUGAGAAGGCUAUAUCCUCAUGAUCAAUUAUACAUCAGUAGAUUAUAUCCAGUUGUCAAUGAUAUGAAGUCAAACACUGUCUAUAAUGACAGCCAAAGGGAGGCAGGUCUUUAGGAGUAGUAACCCAGGGAGCGCCGGCGCCCAGGAGCUCACCGUGUAUUUACCCAUACAGUCACGGGACAAGGGUAGAUUA